CAGGGCAUGUUGAUUAAUAAACCUGGUCACAUGCGUUCACGUGGUUGGAGUAUACGGAGAAUCAGCCCCACCCAGUCAACAUGGAGUAUUGGAAGGAGCACUAUCUUGACGUGUAUGUUCAAGACGCCACGGCUCAGAUACUUCAUGCUAGCACCUGCAACAAUGGAAGAAAGGACUGGGAAGAUAAGAAUCAGCCAAUUUCGUAUCUGCUUCAGUAUUUCAAAUCAGUACAAUCUGGAGUCCAUGUCAUGUGUCGCCCCUACUCAUACAUCACUGCUACACCUCACAACCGUCAAUCCUUCAUUAAAGUAGUCUGGUUAGGAUUGGGUGGGAUUUUGAACCUGGGAGAAGCUGUUAGUCAAGGAGAAAUGAAAGAAGAGCACUACCACCAGUUACUGGAGCUUUUCUGCCCUGAUUUUCCUGUUAGCAUUGUAAACGAAGCAAUGAAAAUCACUUGCAAGGAAGAUGAGGAUUCUGCUAGCUUCGUUGAUUUCUUAUAUACACUACAGAUAUUGUUUUAUUAUCAAGAGUUCUUGAGUGGAUGCAUGACUGCAGCUUUGACUCCAUCACUAGGACCUGUUGUAAUAUUACCUGCAGAAAUAGCAGUGGAAGGGGAAAGAGGAGAUGCUACUACAGACUGCAGCAUUAAAGAAACAAGCCAUACUAAAGAUUCAUUGAUGCAAUCAGUCAAAUCCUAUCACCAGGAGUUGGCUGAAAAAAAGAUACCUGUCCCUCCUUUGUCAGUGAUAGAGCAAGCACUACAGAGCUUGGAAGAGGAAGAAGUAUCCAGACACAAUCAAGAUUUUAAAAAGAAAUUGUGCAAAUCUGAGGCAUUGAGUGAUGCUAUUGGAGUACUACCAUCAAGAAAGUCAAAGUGAUCAUCAAAAAAAUUCAAGUUACAAAGUGAUCAUCAAACUUCAUAAUUUUUUGGCAUCUUCCAUUACGUGCAUGCACUUUUGAUUAAUAAUAGUUAACAAUAACAGCUGAAAUAUUUAUGCUAGAACAUACUUGGCAUUAAUCUAUCAUUAUAA